AUGGAGCUACUGCUUCUUCGCUACCCAUUUACUUUUCUGCUCAUUGCAUUUCUAAUUCUUUACCAGAUGAAUCCUGCAUUCAGAUUCUUUUGCAAGAUGUGCUUCUAUAAGCUGUGGGUCUUCACCAUAAGCCUUCUGGUUAUUACCGCCAGUAUUCCUCGUGGACGUAACUGUGAAAACAUGAAGUUUCUCAGCAUGUCGUUUCUGCCACUCAAAUACAUCUUUGGUAUCAAGAUAGUGGUGAAGGGCAAGGAGAACCUCAGGACCAAGAAGCCUUUUGUACUAGUGUUGAAUCACCAGACCUCCCUUGACAUUAUGGUGAUGAUGGAGAUACUGCCAAGUCGCUGUGUGGCCAUUGCAAAGAAGGAAAUACUAUACAUGGGCACUUUUGGCCUAGCAUGCUGGCUUGCAGGACUCAUUUUCAUUGACCGCAAGAAGAGGGAAGAGUCUAUCACUACCUUGACAGAGGUGGCACACUCCAUGCACAAAGACAAUUUCCGCGUCUUGAUCUUCCCUGAGGGAACUCGCAAUCAUAGUGGCUCCAUGUUGCCCUUCAAACGUGGGGCCUUCCAGCUGGCUGUGAAAGCCCAGGUCCCCAUUAUUCCUGUGGUGAUCUCGUCCUACAGCGACUUCUACAGCCAGAAAGAGAAGAGAUUCACGCCAGGGAAAAUCACCAUCCAGAUCCUGCCAGAAGUCGAGACUCUUGGUCUAGGCCCAGAAGAUGUUCCCAAGCUCACCGAGCAGGUCCGUGAUUCCAUGAUCACCACCUACCAGGGGAUAUCAGGAAUGACGAAUGGGGCUUCCCAUUAGUGAUCCAGCAACGACAAAAAGGUCUGGAAACAGAAACAACCAUGACUGCAACCCUGACACACCAGAGACAGGCCAAAUGUCCACAGAGGAAGAAAAACUUUUACAUGGAAGUAGUGAAAUGGUUGUUGUGUUCCUUUCAGAGAACUGUGCUGCCUCAGCUCUGUGGACAGACACAUAAUGGAUAACAGGACAAUUCUUCGUAAUCAUAACCCUGAGAACUUCUCUCUGGCUGGACCCCAGACAGAGCUAGACCUUUCCUGUGAUCAUCUCUGUGUGCUUAUGAUUACCUUUUCCUGUUCAAAACCAACAAGAUGUAGGCAUUUAUCCCUGAACCUAUGGCCAUCCUGCCUGGGUGUCUUGGGGUUAGAAGGCUACCACGAUCCCCUGGCAAGAACACUCAGGAGAAAGCACUGUCUCCUACCAUGGGGAGGACUUGGGAGUUACCUCUGCCGCAAGAGGUGGAAGCCAAGGCAGUUUAUUAUAGGGGAAUUAAAGACCAACGCAUUCCUUAUGUGUAUCUGCGGGGGUCAGUGGUUUCUGGUUUUUUGUGUUUUUGUUGUUGUUGUUGUUGUUUGAUUUUUUCCUCAGCCUUCCUUUUAAGCAAAGUAAGAAUUUGCAUUCAGUAGAUGGGCAGAUCUUGAAAGUGUGAAGUGAAUGUGCCCAGGGGACUCAGAGGAAACCGCAGAAAGGUAUUGCUUGACACCCUUUCCAUAACAUGAUAAUCUCGUGAUUUUUUAAUACAACUUACAUAUUUUUCAAUCCAAGUACACUCUGGAAGCUGCAGCUGCUCCCAGAAUGAAUUUUUCUGAAUACUUCCUAGUUUUUCCCUGUCUUCUCCAUCUCCUCAACACAAUUUCUGUGGCAGGUUACGGAGAACAGAGCACCAGUAGACAU